GUUUCUACACGAACACGGAAAAUAUUGGGGUCAGUAACCUCAGCGUCAUAACAUAACAUAACAUAACAUAACAUAACCAUUUCACGGAUAAAGUACCAACGGAACAAACAAUCAGGUCAUAACUUCUGACUAACCGCGUGGAUCCAAACUAACCGAAACUGAAACACUCGCGAGCCAUGAACUGAGUUUCUGAACCUCGUCACAACAACCGCCGAAAGACAAUCAUGUUCAGUUUUCUUGGACUCCGUAAAGACUCAAAGAAGUCAACAUCCGAAGUCGAUGGAGGCUUUGUUAUCAUUGGUGAGACGGUUGACGAGCAGCGGAGGAAGAUGCAGACCAUGAACAUCGCACAGCCAUCUACAUACGUCAUAGUGCAGCCGUCCCGGUCCUUCUGUCCAUAUCCAGCUCUACCCACCGACACACAGCAGCGCACAGCGUUACCAGCACCAGCAGCACCAGCACCAGCAGCACCAGCAGCAGCAGCAGCAGGCAUGUCAGCAGUGGAAGCUGCUUCGACUCUCCCAGAUCUCCUCGGGGACGUCCCCUUCACUUUGGCUCCACAUGUUCUGGCCCUGCACGCAGGCCUCCCCCUGUUUGCUGAUGUGCUGCCCCGGGACAUAAACUACAACCUGGCUAGUUUUCAGUACGACUUCACUUUAGAGAACUCUGUGCUUCAGAGCGCUUAGUCUGUGAACCACGAGGUGUCUGUGGCUGCUCGUUGAUUAUCUGAGAGGUUCCAGCCCUCCGACAUAUUAAACACGUGUGAUUCUGUAGCAAUAUGAACAAAAUACAUUCAACAGAAAAUAAGUUGUAGAAUUAAUAAGCACAGUGAAGCGUUGUAACCUCACAGCAUCACAGGAACGAUUGAGUUUCACUUCCUGGUUGUGUUGCUCGCAGCGUUAUGAUUGGUUAACACAUCGGGACCGUCCAGUCCCUCGCCACACGGAGACGGUUAUAUGAUGCUAUUACUUCCUGGGUUUCUAGCCGUGAUGAUCACAUGUGCUGAGAUCUGGCAGCACGUCUGACACGUCACGUUACGCUUCGCCUUUUGUUUUCUCUUCCAGAUAAGUUGAACUUCCUUGUUUACAAGCUUUCUGAUCAUGUGAUUACUACAACUCUGCUGAGAUGUUUCCUGCUCGGCUCGUGUUGCUUCAUGUUUAUUUUCACAUUUAUUCUAAUAGAAAUUUCUAGUUUGUGCCAUUUAGUCACGAUGUCCAGAGGGAAUAGUGAAAAAGACAGUACUGAUCAAACUGACGGUGAAACUCGAAGACCGGUCUCAGAAGACCCGGGUACAGGCCUGGCUCAGAUCCAGUUAUAGUUCUGCUGACUGCUCGUGUUUCCCCCCGUCGGACCUUUAAGUGAUGCCAGAUCUCAGCAUUGAACUUGGAUUAGAGAUCGUUUAUAAGACUACAAAAUAAAAGCUGUGUUGUUGUUGCUUAUGCUUCAGGUGAAGGUUGUUGUUGCUUCAGCUGAAGAUUGUUGUUGCUUCAGCUUCAGGUGAAGGUUGUUGUUGCUUAUGCUUCAGGUGAAGGUUGUUGUUGCUUCAGCUGAAGAUUGUUGUUGCUUCAGCUUCAGGUGAAGGUUGUUGUUGCUUAUGCUUCAGGUGAAGGUUGUUGUUGCUUCAGCUUCAGGUGAAGGUUGUUGUUGCUUCAGCUUCAGGUGAAGGUUGUUGUUGCUUCAGGUGAAGGUUGUUGUUGCUUCAGCUUCAGGUGAAGGUUGUUGUUGCUUCAGCUUCAGGUGAAGGUUGUUGUUGCUUCAGGUGAAGGUUGUUGUUGCUUCAGGUGAAGAUUGUUGUUGCUUAUGCUUCAGGUGAAGGUUGUUGUUGCUUCAGCUUCAGGUGAAGGUUGUUGUUGCUUCAGGUGAAGGUUGUUGUUGCUUCAGCUUCAGGUGAAGGUUGUUGUUGCUUCAGGUGAAGGUUGUUGUUGCUUCAGCUGAAGAUUGUUGUUGCUUCAGCUUCAGGUGAAGGUUGUUGUUGCUUCAGGUGUUUGGAGGAUGUGGAUCUUUAACUUUAAUCAACAAACACAAGUCUUUGCAUAGAAAGUAAUAAUUCAUUAUUCAUCUAUUUCUGUACAAACUACAAACACAUUUAUGUACAGGACUUUACUCAAUACAGCUCUUGUGUAAUUAAAAAGGCUAUUUAUAUAUUUGACGUUAAUGUUGCACGUCCUCUCACUUCUUCUGACUGUUAUACUUCAGUUCUUCUGCACGUUGGUGUUUUGCUCCCUGUGGCCUUUAGAUGCAGAUCUACUUGUUUUGUUUUCUUGCACGUUUAUCAUUAGAAUGCAGUCAGAUAUAGAAUAAUAAUUAACUUAGUUACGCCUCUGCACUUUUUACUUUAGCAUGACAGCAUGUACUGUACUCCGUGUAGAAGAGAUGCAGCUGGAUCAUCACUUCUUACAUUUAAACAUUUAAUGGUUCCAAUAGCCAAUGCUAAGUGUGUUUCUCCACAGGGGGUGCAGUCAGCUGCUCUUCUUUGUGUUUGAAGUGUCGCAUUCACUUUGGCUGGAAGUCAAACAGACUUGCGACACAGAAACUCAAACAGCUGAGUCUUUAUGAUUUAUUUACCUCCAUGUUUACCUGCCGCCCUGAUAAACUCACGAUAAUGAACUGUACCUGUCACAGCAGCACAUCAUAUCAUUUGGAUAUCGUUUUGUGUUUUUGAAUUCAUGGUAUUUGCAUAAACCAAGUUACAAUCUCUUUUUCUUCUUUGCAGGUAAAUGCUGUAAACAAAUAGACCGAAGGUUUCCCUUCAACGUGUAUUAUGUGUACUUCUUGAUUAGAUGUGAUUAGUUUUAACAUCUUUAACAGGGAUUUUCUUUUGUUUUUUUUGUAAAUAUGACCUUUUUAAAAUGAGCAUAGGAAUUGUGCUGAGUCGUGGAAAUAUCUUCUGCGUAGUCGUGAUUUUACCCAGACAUUUACCAAAUACUUUCUUAGUACCUUUUGAUUGUUUGUAUAAUCAAAUUUGGUCUUUUCAAACCUGCUGUGCCUUUUAAUAUAGUCAGUGUCCAUCCAAUGUUCUUUUAGAAGUAAACACUUCAACAUCUGGAAGUCUGUUGGCUGUAACUGUAGACGGAAAAUUACUUUAAUAAAUUUGAAGCACAUUUCUA